CCCGUGCAAAAAGAAUUCUUCUUCCCCUCCUCCCACUCUCUGUCUCUCUCUGCCCCGAGCAAGUCGUCGUCGCCUCCUCCCAAAGCUCGCUGGUUGAUUCGAUUCCUACCACUCGCCGAUCGCUUCUGCUAUGCCGUCGGCGCCAGCCGUCGUGCCGCCGGAGUUGCCGAAGCUUUCGCCGACGUCGCAGCAAGCCCUCCGGCCGCGCUCUCCGCUCGCCAACGGCUCGGCCGGCGGCGACUUCGAGCUGCGGCACUGGCGCAGGCCCAAGAAGCGCGCGGCGCCGUCGCCGCCGUGGGCGCCGCCGGUUAUCCAGAUCCCGGAAGGCGCCGGGAGCGACGACGACAGCAACAGCAGCGGCGGUGGCGGCGGAAGGCACGGGUACACCAGCCUCCGGGACAUCCUGUCGUCGCCGGAGUACGCCUUGACGGCGGGCGGCUCGCCCGCGGCCUGCGGCGGCGUCCUCGGCGGCGGUUGCGGCAGCUGCGGGGACAUACACAUGAUCCGGCACCCGCUUGUGAAGCACGCGGCGUACGCGUACCUGCAGAUGACGCCGUCGGCCAGGGAGGACCCCGCCCGCCGCGGCCGGCGCUGGCGGAGCCCGCUCUGCCGCCUCCUGCUCGGCUGCCUCAGCUUCAUCGGGGCGCUCUUCCGGCCCUGACUCCAGCGGUGACACCGGGCUUGCGGUUCUUGGUUGCAAUUUCUCCUUUUUCGUUCCUUACCAUUCUGGUUCUUGUGUGAUUGAGUUUUUCUUAGGAUUCUCUCUUUUUUGCGAGGAUUUUCAUAGAAUUUUCAUGCUUUGCUUGAAGUGUAAUUUCUGUAAAUAAUUUGCUAGGAUUAGGCACAAUUGGAGAUGAGAUUAUAGCAGGAAGAGAAAUGAUUGAUCGCGCA